UCAACUUGCAUGAAACAACCACAGGUUAUUAUACCCGCUAACACAUGAUUUUAAAAUUACAUCUUCAGUCCCUUCGGAAAUUUAUGCUCGAGGUCCUGAAGCUGUUAAGGCAUAUGACAAAGCCUUAACGGGGGGAAAGGCCUGCAUCAAGAGAAUACCAGUAAUGUUGAUCGGACAGGAGCGGACAGGAAAAACUAGUCUCAAAAAGUCCUUAAAAGGAGAAAAUUUCAAUGAAAAAGAGGAAAGCACAGUCGGAAUAGACACUGACUCUUUAUACUUUAAAGUAUCAAAAGAGAUUUGGAAAAGCGGAAAGGUGAAGGAAGAAGUAGAAUUUGAGCCAGAAGAUCAAUUUGAACACCUUGCAGCAGCGAAAGUGAUCAGUGAAUUUUUAAGGAAACAAAGGGAAAAUUUAACGGGGUUUCGGCAAAAGUCAGAUUCUGACUCAGAGUCAGAUUCAGAGUCUGAGCUAGAGUCUCCGGAUGGAUCAAGCACAAACAUUUCUCGUUAUGGCUCAACUAAGCCCUCAAGAAAUAUCGAAUCUUUACACGGAAAAUUGCCCGAGGAAGUAGCCAGGCUGGUUGAAAAAAUGCUUCAAGAGGAGGAAAAUGCAAACCAUGAAGACUACAUCUACUCAGUUCUAUGGGAUUUUGGCGGACAGUCAGUGUACUACGAAACCCAUCCAAUCUUCCUCACGGAGAAAGCUAUCUACAUUUUGGUGUCUGACUUGAGUCGUGAUCCAGACAAGAAUGCCAUCCCGCCUGUCAAAACAGGACUUUUCGAGGACAAAGUGGACAGUGACUGCAGUAAAACAAACCUUGAUUAUCUGGACUUUUGGAUGUCAUCAAUUUAUUCCUUGGUAAGUGCAGAUGUUCGAAGCUCUCAAGAGACUGCUCCGAAUGUUGUGCCACGGAGGCUUCCCCCAGUAUUCCUGGUAUGCACCCAUGCUGACGUGCCGUUUGAUGGAUCUAACGCAAGAGACCUUGCUUUAAAAACGUACGGCUUUCUGCAGCACAAGACCUACAAGGAACAUCUGUAUAAAGAUGUUUUCGUCGUGGAUAAUACAAAGUCUGGCAGUGAAGAAGAAUGUACUGAGGUUAAACGGCUGAGAGAAGAGGUGCUUGCUGUUGCGAAGGAGCUGCAACUGACGAAAGAAGAAAUUCCGGUGAAGUGGUUGAGGUAUGAAAACAAGCUUCGCAAAAAGCAUGACAAGUGGAUAACACGUGAAGAAGCCAAGUGGAUUGCAUUUGAAGACUGCGGGAUCCAAGAAGAUGAUGAGUUUUCCACUUUGUUGAACUUUUUGCAUGAUCAGAGAAUUGUGAUUCAUUUUAGUGGCUCUCCAGAGUUGGAAAGGAUGGUGAUAUUAGAUCCUCAGUGGCUUGUUGAUGUCCUCAAAAGCGUAAUCACUGUAAGACGUUUUAAACACACGGAGCAUCCUGUCAAAGACCUGUGGAUACAACUUGAAGAAACCGGAAUCUUGGAUGAAAAGCUCAUUGACCAUGCUUGGAGAGACUUGCUCGACAACCAAGAAAGUCACAAGAGCCUCAUUGCCAUCAUGGAGAGAUUAAGCUUGAUUUCCCCCUGGCCGUCAUCUAAAGACAGCAAGCAGUACCUUGUACCGUCCAUGUUGAUGUCACCCCCAACAGAUGACGUCCUACAGCUUCUCGACUCUGUAAACUUUCCAUCUCUUUUUGUAACAUUUGCAUCAGGUCGAGUGCCUCCUGGUCUAUUCUCCCGACUUAUCCUUCAUUUCCUCCAGUGGUGUGGUGAAGAAUGGAAGAGCAAAGUGAACCCAGAGUUGUUUCAUAAUUUUUCCAUGUUUCACAUUCUUCCAGACCAAGGUAUCUCCGUUAUUUUUUGGUGCCAUUCCACAGCCAUUGAAGUCGCCGUUUACAGCGGAGGCAAUGACGAGAAAAGAGCCGAUAUCUCCCGUGCUGUUCACUGGAAAUUGAGGUUUAUACUCGAAUGCAUGCGGAAAGAGUUUCACUGGCUCAACAACGUGAAGUAUGAUAUGUGUGUCUGCUGCCCUGUCUGUUCUCGACCAGGGUCGGUAAAAUGCCGCGAUCAUGACGUGCGUGGAUGUGAGUGUCUACACUUCUUGUCAGAAUCUGAUUUGAGACAGCGUCAACAUUGUAACAGACAAGGACGCAGCCUUCUUGGGGAUCGCAGGAUUCGGGUCAAGCAGUUUGAAUGCUGGUUCUCAGGCGGAGAAGAAGGGGAGGAUGCUGGAAUACCCACGAAUCAGGUGCAAGCUCUUCACACAACAAGUCAUGGAGGUUACCUCGGUGCAAAAGGCAUAUUUUCCAUAGAAGGAAAGAAACGGAAAGAUCUUGCGCUGCCCGAUAGUGUCAAAACCUCCAUCCAGUCCAUUCCACUCAACUCAGGAAGUGAUGUUAAGGACAUUGUGAUUCAGUUUCAAGAAGCUCUGCAGUUGGAACCAGCAUCUUUAAUCAGUCCAGAGCCAGAGACGAAAAGUGUGAUUCGUGGCCUCGCCUUGAGAGCUAAAUCUGAGAAACGGGAUGAUUUGGUGAGACACUUACGAGAGAUUACACCUGCUGGUACUACUGGACCGUUGUUGAAUGAGGAUAUGUCAGUUGGUUGCAUGCCACAUAAGCAAUACAAGGAUUUGACGUUCAGCCUCUCGGGUGGAGACGAGUGGAAACUGUUGGCAGAAAAGCUGGGUUUCUCCCAAAUUGAGAUUCGCUUUUUAGACAAUAGAGUUGUGAAUCCCUCAGACGUUGUCCUUGGCGCUGUGGGAAACCAUCGCCACCUGAGUAUUGGAGAAAUCUAUGACGCAUUGGUCGACUGCGAGUUACCAGCUAUUGCUGAUCUAAUGUAAUUAGAAUAUGAACAGCGGACAAAGAUGAGCCACACAGCAAGAAGCAGAAGCGAAAAGCAAGGUAGUGACCGACGACGUAUUAGCAAAACAUACAUGGAACAAUGUAAUUACUGAAAUUUUAAUCGAGGUGUUAGAGCCUCAACCUGUUUUAAACACCAUUUUAGCAGUUUUAUAGUCAUUUGCAAUUGCCUUUUUAUAAAGUAAAAAGAAAAGAAAUCAUAGAUCACAUUUGAAAUUAAGCCUUCAUUCAUCUAGCGGUCAGAUGACAGGCUUUCUUUAGUUUUCCAUUUGGAUGUUAUACUAGUUUUUUUAAUAUUUGAAUAAUUAUUUCUAUUAAUCUCCAUAUAAGACGUUUGUUACAUUGCAAAAAAUAGUACAGAGAUCUAAUCAAGCCUAAAAGCAGAGCUCCAGUUUGUUUUUUAUUUGUUUGUUGGUUUUUCGUGCCUUCAUUUAGUAUUUUCGUAGAGGGGUUGGUUAGAGUGGUGUGGGGGGGAAAAAAGUGGUAAUCCAAGGUAUUUUACUGCAGUUAGAGGGUAGGAAUUCUUUAUUUACUCAAUAUACAAGGGGUUUUGUACAAAAUGCACCAGUAAAUCUAAUUUGUCAUUUCUAGCGAACAACAAAUUUUAACAUGGUGAGGACAUACCGAAAUAAUACAGUUUUGCAUUACUUUUAUGUCUCAUUGGCUAUAGUUUUGGUGCUAAUCAAUUCACUUCUUUCUUUCUGAGUGUUUCGUGCAAUUAAUUGUUAAGGAACAAGAACAAAAUGUUCAUUUUAUCAGGAUAUUGCUACAACAUAAUAGCAGGGAUUUACGGUGCAAGGAAGGGAUGGAAUCUCCCGCUAAAGAGUUCAAAUAAAUAACGUACAAGACUCGUUUGAAAUCUAAUCGUAAGCAGCAAGUUUUUCCUUCUUAUUAAGCAUCGACGAACUUUCUUGAAGCGCGGAGCUCGAAUGAAGUAACCCGGUUUCCUUGCACAUGUAACGUCUCUGUAUUGAUAUCCAGUUUUCAUAUUUUCUUGACUAAUUCACUGUUAGAAAACAAUGAUUUCGUAGUUAAUAGCACAUGUACAUUCAGUUCAACAUCAGAUUAUCCUUUCAGAUUACAGUUACCCAUUUAUACCGUUGGGUAGGGAAAGAGGUUUUGAGAGUGAAGUGCAGCGAUGAAAAAAGUAAUGAUUCGAUCAUCGGUUAUGCAUAAAUUAGUUUUGAGUUUAACUACUGUAGCAGCACAUCUUAUCUUACGCUUGACCUAUAUGUAUACCUUGUAUGCCAAUGUAAAGCCAAAAUAAAACCGUGUGUGUUUUAGCUUA